AUGGCUGGACAAGUAUAUAAGGAUAAAGCUACAUUGAAAGAUGUGAUGGAGCAUUACGCUAUAUCUGAAAGGUUUCAAUUCCGGGUUGAUAGGUCUAAUGCUAUCAGCUAUGCAUUAUUAUGUAUGUCAGAAGAUUGUGAAUGGAGGUUUAAGGCUUCUAGCUAUAUUUCCACAAGGGGUUAUGGGCAUUUUAACAGAAGGUGUACAGCAGGGGAAAAAUGGGAAUGGGAUGUACAACCUGCACAGCGCAAGGAUAAGGUGUAUGAGCAACGUCAGGCAAGUAGCAGCCUUAUAGGUGGUAUGAUUAGGCUCAAGCUUACAAAUCAUAAGAGAAAAUACACCCUAAAGGAUAUAAUUGACAAUGUGAAAACAAAUUUAGGUGUGGAUGUUAGUUACAUGUUGGCAUGGCGGGCUAAAGAAAAGGCAAUGAAUUUUUUGAGGGGUAAACCAACUGAUUCAUACAAUAAAUUACCAGGAUACUUGUAUACAAUGGAUAUGAUAUAUCCUGGUUCGCACAUUAGAAUGGUAAAAUCCCCACAAAAUGAGUUCAAGUAUGUGUAUAUAUCCUUGUAUGCCUUUAUAAAGGAGUUCGAUCAAUGUAGACCCAUUGUGGUUGUGGAUGGAAGCCACUUAAAAUCGUAUUACACUAGGACUUUCGUCUCGGCCAACAAUUUGGAUGGUGCGGGUCAUAUACUUCCACUAGCAUAUGGUGUUAUUGAUUCAGAGAAUGAUGCUGCUUGGACGUGGUUCUUUGAGCAAUUCAAGGAAGUAUAUGGUGAGAUGGAAAGCAUGUACAUCGUUUCAGAUAGGAACGAAAGUAUCAUCAAGUUUGUAUCAAGAGUGUAUCCAACUGUAUAUAUUAGGGUGAAGGAUUACUUGGAGUUAGCUGGAUACGAAAAGUGGGCUAGGUUGUAUGCACCUGUUAACAGAGGAUGGAAAAUGACGUCAAAUAUUGUUGAGUCAAUCAAUGCCGCACUUGUGUCAUCAAGGGAAUUGACAAUAUACAACCUCCUUGAAGAAGUUAGGAAAAUGUUUGGACGUUGGAAUUGCAGCAAUCGGAAAGAAGCUCUACAGACAUACACAACGCUUGGAAAAAAAUACCAGGAGAUGCUUACCUUGAAUGAGGCAAUGUCUAUACGAAUGACU